ACAUAAUUUUUAUCAUUCUGUUUGUGAUGAUGGCAUUGGCAAUUCCCACUUAUAUGGUGCUAGGAGCUUGGUGCAGCAUACUUGUGAUCUCUUCUUGGACUAGUUUCUUCUUCUGCAUUGCAAUUUCAUCUAAAUCAUCACUAGACCUUGAAGCACAAGCACUUCUAGAAAGUGAGUGGUGGAGUGAUUACACUAACCAUGUUCCUACCCGUUGUAAGUGGCCAGGCAUUACAUGCAAUGAUGCUGGAAGCAUCACAAACAUUUCUUUGCCUACUGAAAUCCAAUUGGGAGACAAAUUUGGCAGAUUCAACUUCUCUUCCUUCCCAAACCUUGUUCACCUUGAUCUUGCAGCACAUGGAAUCACAGGGAACAUCCCACAUGAGCUAGGUACUCUUUCAAAACUUGCUCAUCUUGACCUCUCUUCUAAUGAUAUUCAUGGAGACAUUCCAUUAAAUACUUGGAGUCUAAGGAAUCUGGUGACCCUGAACCUGGCUAGAAAUAGAGUUAAUGGUUCAAUUUCCCCUUUUGUGGGUCAGUUGACUAAGCUGAAAUCACUUUCUCUUGGUGCCAAUCUGAUAAGUGGCUAUAUUCCUCCUGAGUUAGGAAGGCUUAAAUAUCUGAUUCAUUUGGAUCUGAAUAAUAAUUGCUUUAUUGGUCCAAUACCUGUGGAGAUUGGUAGGUUGAACAGUUUGCAAUAUCUUUCUCUGGGCAUGAACAAGUUGAAUGGUUCCAUACCUUUAGAAAUAGGGAAUUUGAACAACAUUCUAUAUUUGGAUCUUAAUACCAACAAUCUCAAUGGGGUACUUUCAGUUUUGCAUAGACUAACCAGUUUGAUUGAACUAAACCUGUCCAACAAUGAGAUAUUUGGUGAUGUCCCACUAGAGAUUACCCAAUUGACCCAAUUGGAGUAUCUGAUUAUUUCAAGUAACAAAAUUUUGGGUUCAAUACCUCAUGAUAUUGGGAAACUUUCCAAACUCUUGGUUCUGGACUUGUCUAGAAACAAUUUGAUUGGAAAAAUCCCAGCCAGUCUUUCAACUUGCUCUAAUCUGCAGGUGUUGACUUUGAGCUAUAACAAUAUAACUGGAAGCAUUCCCUCCCAUAUUGGUGAUCUUGUUACACUUGAUUUAAUUGAUUUGAGUCAUAACUUAAUAAGUGGAGAAAUACCCUCUGAUCUUGGGAAAGUGAAAUACACAAGGGUCUUGGAUCUCAACCAUAAUCAACUCACAGGAACCAUUCCAAGUUCCCUAGAAUCAUUGCAGAGUAUUAACUUGUCCUACAAUUCUCUAGAGGGUGAGAUCCCAGUUAGUCUCCACUAUACGCCUAAUGCAUUCAUUGGCAAUGAGUAUUUAUGCCGCGGUCAAACUCAUUGUUACUCCUCUUCCAGAACAAGUAGUAGAUUAAGGACCCAUAUGAAGAUUUUCCUUCCUCUCAUAGCUGUUCUUGCUCUUCUAUGCUGUGCAUAUGUGCUCCUCCGCCGCCGGUGGAGUUGUUGCUACUCAGAAACAGAUGCAAUAAAGAAUGGUGACCUGUUUUCAGUAUGGAACUAUGAUGGUAAAAUUGCAUAUGAAGACAUAAUUGAAGCAACAGAAGGUUUUGACAUCAAAUAUUGCCUAGGAACUGGUGGUUAUGGUAGUGUCUACAAAGCACAGCUACCUAGUAGUGGUAGAGUAGUGGCUUUGAAGAAACUCCACAGUUUAGAAGCCAAUGAACCGGAAAUCCGCAGGAUUUUCAAGAAUGAAGUGAGAAUGUUGACAAAGAUAAGGCAUCGAAAUAUCGCGAAGCUUUACGGAUUCUGCUUGCACAACAGAUGCAUGUUUCUGGUUUUGGAAUACAUGGAAAGGGGGAGCUUAUAUUGUGUCUUACACAAUGACAUUGAAGCUGUUGAGUUAGACUGGACCAAGAGGAUUAACAUUGUGAAAGGCAUAGCACAUAGCUUAUCAUACCUUCAUUAUGAUUGCAACCCAGCAAUUAUUCACAGAGAUGUAACAACCAAGAACAUUCUCUUGAAUUCAGAAAUGGAGGCUUGUCUCUCUGACUUUGGGAUAGCUAGACUCCGAAAUUCCACUUCCUCCAUUCGAACAGUGCUCGCUGGAACUUACGGAUAUAUUGCACCAGAACUUGCAUAUACAGAUUCUGUGACUGAGAAAUGUGAUGUGUACAGUUUUGGAGUGGUUGCUCUUGAAAUUAUCAUGGGAAAGCAUCCUGGAGAACUUGUUUCCUCAUUAAGAUCUGCAUCCACUCGAAGCAUUCUCCUUAAAGAUAUGUUAGACCCAAGACUUAUAUCUACCAUCAAUCAGCAAUCUGCUCAGAGUUUAGCUCUUGUAGCAACACUAGCAUUUGCAUGUCUUCACUCUCAGCCAAGGUGUAGGCCAACAAUGCAAGAAGUGGCUAAAAAACUUGUGACAAGAAAUUUCCCAUCAACUAAACCUUUUGAAGAAGUUUCAGUAAGGGAGAUGGUAAAUCAGGAAUUGUGAUUCGUAACUAAUUUCAAUGCUGUGAAAGAAGACUUUUUCUAUCGGUGCACGUCAUCAUUCGGUUCAUUCCAUUCAUAUAUGUAUAUGCUUCACGUGGAAUAGAUUCUGUUAGAAAUCUGAUUGUGAUAAUCCUGGAUAAUGUCAAGAAUCGUGAGCGUCCACUUUCCGAACAAAUUAUUUCGACCCUAUAAUUGUCUGGGUUCACGAAAUCUUUGUUGGGAUAAUACUUGACAAUCAAUCUGUUUCUUGGCACAAGAGAACAGAUAAAGAAAGUAGAGAGAUAUGUUUUCCGUAA